AAUCGCACUGUCUGUGCCUCUGCACAGAAAACAUGGAUCUCUUCUUAACGAUUUCAGCUCUUAUUUUCUUCUGCUUCCUCUUCUCAAUAUUGAAGCGCCUACUCCAGAAGCGCAAUAACCUUCCACCAUCACCUUCGUUCCUUCCCAUUCUUGGCCAUCUACAUCUACUCAAAAAACCUCUCCACCGCUCUCUCACCACUAUCUCCAACCGAUACGGCCCCAUCGUCUUACUCCGUUUCGGUUCACGCCCCGUCCUUCUCAUCUCCUCGCGGUCUUUGGCCGAGGACUGCUUCACCAAAAACGACCUCAUCUUCGCCAACCGCCCCCGUCUCCUCACAGGCAAGCACUUCGGCUACAACUACUCUGCCCUUGGCUGGACCUCCUAUGGUCCCCACUGGCGCAACCUCCGCCGAAUCGCCAACGUCGAGUUCCUCUCGACGAGCCGCAUCCAGAAGUUCUCUGCCGUCCAAAUCCAGAAUGUCCGUUCCCUGGUGAAAGAUCUGUUUCGGGAUUCGGAAUUAGGGAAACCGGUGGUGGAAUUGAAGUCUAGGUUCUCAGGACUGACUUUCAAUGUGAUAAUGGGGAUGAUCGCUGGGAAGUUGUAUUACGGAGAAAACGCGGUGGUUUUGGAAGAGUCGAGGCGGUUUUGGAAGAUCUUGAGUGAGGUGGCGGCAGUGGCUGGAGCAUCGACUUUUGGGGAUUACCUGCCGUUCUUGCGUUGGAUGGAUCUUAGAGGGGUGGAGAAGAAGAUGGUGACAUUGAGGAGGCGGAGUGAUGAGUUCUUCCAGUUUCUGAUCGAUGAGCAUCGAAGAAUCAAGACAAAGGUUGAUUUAUCUUCCUCAAUGGAAGUAGAGGUUGAGGUGGAGAAGAAGGAGAAGUCGUUCAUAGAUGUUCUGCUGUCGUUGCAAGAAACAGAGCCUGAGUACUACACUGAUUUGAUGAUUAGAGCGAUGAUAUCGACAAUAGUAGGCGCUGGGACGGACACGUCAGCUCUGACCAUGGAAUGGGCCAUGUCACUUCUAUUGAACCAUCCAGAUGUAAGGGAGAAAGCUAAAGCUGAGCUUGACAUGCAUGUAGGACCUCGUUUGUUAGACGAAUCAGAUCUGGCCAAGCUUCCAUACCUCCAUUGCAUCAUCAACGAGACUCUCCGAUUGUAUCCAGUGGGCCCACUUAUACUGCCUCAUGAGUCAUCUGAAGAGUCCAUUGUUGGAGGUUUCGAUGUUCCACGUGGCACAAUGUUAUUGGUCAAUGUGUGGGCAAUUCACAGAGAUCCCAAGCUAUGGUUGGACCCCAACGAUUUCAAGCCGAAGCGGUUUCAAGGUCCAGAAGGGUCAAAGGAAGGCUUGAAGAUGAUAGCAUUUGGUUCCGGAAGGCGGGGGUGUCCGGGUGAAAGUCUAGCUCUACGGAUGGUGAGCCUGUCAUUGGGGACCUUGAUCCAAUGCUUUGAGUGGAAACGAGUCGGAGAGGAGAAGAUAGACAUGACUGAAGGAGUUGGGCUCCUCCUGUCUAAGGUCCAUCCUUUGAAGGCACUCUACAAACCACGCCACACCAUGUUCAACGUACUUUCUCAGCUCUGAAAACUGGACAAAUAGCUUUGAGUCCGUUUGCCACACGUUUGCUUUGGAUGGUAUAUCUUGAAUAUUUUCAUUUUAUGAAGAUUUCUGUUGUAAUGACAAUCUAUGUCUCGUGUUUGGCACCAACUAUACUAAUAGGCACAACCCCUUGUGAGAUUAUGCCUUAUAUUAAUAACGCCACACACCCACCACCUCUCUGUUGUUGUAUGCUUAUGUGAGGUUUGAUCCAUGUAUCGAUGCUCCAUUGAGAGUUGAAUCAACGAUUUGGAUGGUUUGAUUGUUGUGUAA